AAAACAACACACAAGUGAAAUGAACACUACUGCAUCAAAUAACUCUGCUCCAGUUUUUGGCAAGACCUCAACAACUAAUAAUCAAUUACUUGAUAUUGAUAAUUUUUCCUUUACUGACAUAAUGUCUGCUGCUAGUCAAUUUACUGAUAACGCUUUUACUUUCUCUGAAUCAUCAACAUAUACUGUUGCUUGUUCAACUCCAAAGAAGAGAAAGAUGAGUGCUAGAUAUGAAGACGAAAUGGUCAAUCAAGAUGGUGAUAACGAAGAACAACAAUUAACUGUAACAACAUCUUGUAAGAAAGUCAAAAUGGAAACCUAUACUGCUGCUACUUCUCCAACAAAGAAAAAGUUGCCAAUCUUUAAACUCUCUGAAAAUAAGACAAAAGAUGCCAAUGUUGAUCCAAUGAACGCUGACUGUUCAUCAAUGAGUGCCUUGAAGGGAAAUAUGUUAGAUUGCUUUAAUUCAAUUAAUAGUAUUGCUAGUGAAUUGAAUGAUGACUUUUUCAAAUCAUCAGUUUCUUCCUUUACUUCAGCUGAUUUACAAGAUUGUCUCAGUCUCUUGAAUCAAAACUUUUAAUUCUCUCAACAAUCAAAACUUUUAAUUCUCCUAACUGUACAGAUUUAACUUGUAAAUUAACUGUAAUCUAACUCCCUCUAAGGUUGAAUCAACUCUCAUGGCUCAACAACUCUAAGAAAUACUUUAUGUAUUCUAAUAAAU